ACCAGUCAGCGGCUCAACACAUAGACAGCAAUCUACUAAACUUGAACAAUGAACAUUUCAAAGUAUUUAGCAGCUAAUCGUGCAAAAUUAUUAAAGACUUUACUCUGUUACAUUUCAUAUACAUGUUUCGGUGCUGGAAACACUUUAUUGGGUUCAUCCUUGUUUGAUUUACAAAUAAGGAUGAAUGUCUCAUUCGCACAAGUUUCUGGUCUGGUGCCAGCUCGUUCAUUUGGUAUGUUGAUCGGAUCAUUUGCUGCGGGAUUUAUUGGUCUUUUCAUGAAACCUGAAUUGGUUUUAUUUCUUACCAACUUGUUUGCGGGAAUAUUGACUGCCGCAGCUCCUUGGUUUAAACAGUACAAUGUCGUUUAUGCAUGUCUCUUCAUGUCGGGAAUGGCACAAGGAAUCCUGGAAAUAUUUGUCAAUGCAUGUGUUCUCGCGAUUUGGAAUGAUGAGGCCGCUAAUUACGUCCAGAUAUUGCAUGGAGUCUAUGGCGUAGGAUCAUUGGUGGCUCCUCUGAUGCUUGUACCCUAUUUAUUGCCACAAGUGGCAGAUAUUGAUACAAAUAGUACAAUUGAAAGUGAUGGUCCAACUAUUGUUGCUUACACUGCAGACGAUGUUACAGUUCAAUAUCCAUAUCUGUAUCUCUGGUCCAUUGUGGUUCUUAGUUCAUUUGGAUUUCUGUAUUUCUAUUUUAAGGACAAGAAUAAUGCAACUAGCAAGACUGAUGAAGCCAUAAACACUGAUAAUCAUCCUAAAUGGAAGAAAAUUUUCAUUGUUUUAGUUGGCGCUGUCAUGGCUCAUACAACAUUUUCAGUCAACUCUAUGGUCGGAUCUUUGGGACCUGCUUUCGUUGUCAAAUCUGACCUGAAAAUGACCAAAAAGGAUGGUGCAAAUUUGGUAUCAGCAUAUUGGUCUGUCUUCACAUGUUAUCGUUUUAUUUUCAUCAUUGCUACUAAUUUUAUUGACAAAAGAUUCCUAAUCAUCUUUAAUUGUUUACUAACUUUGGCAAGCACUGUUUUAAUGUUUUUUUAUGCUGUAAAAAGUAGCACCUUUGCUUGGGUUUCAUUCAUCAUGCUUGCAAUUGGAUUUUCGCCAACAUUCGCAGCUUCCCUCGGUUUCAUACAAGAGUACGUGUUUAUCACACGUAACUAUGCUUCCUUUAUCUUUCUCAUGGGUGCCAUUGGUGACACAGUUCAUCCCUGGAUAAUAACUGGAUUCAUGGAUAAGACACCUGAGAUAUUCGCAACCUACUGCAGCUCUUUGGCUGCACUUCAAGCCAUAGUGGUUCUAGUUUUACCGUUUCUUUGUGCAAAGCUAUUCAAAACCAAGGCCAAAGAAACUUUCAAUAGAACGAGUUCAUUGAGAAUUAGUCAAAGAUAAUUCUUGUUUAGAUUUGCUAUUGUAAUUAAUUAAACACCUGACGUGUUCUUAAUCUAGUAAAUUUCAUUACUUCAUAAAUCAACAUCGAUCAUGAUAAGUUCGAGAUUCUAUUCAGUCUUCAUUAAAAUAUUAAAACUUAAUAAUAAAUUCUACUUAA